GAUACUAUUUUAUUAAAUAUUUCUCCAAACUUCAUCAAGAGGGCGCCUAGGGCUCUUGCCUGACAUAUAGUAACCAUCGGAAAAAUAUGAGAUUUUAUAUAGGCGUGAAAAGAUAACCAGAAUAAUGGCAGGUGAAUACAACAAUAAGACACAUAUUAAAACAUUAUUGUUUACAAAAGCCAUACCAAACUACAAAAUUCCCGUACCACUUUAUGGGCACAAAUUGUACCGUUGCACUGAUUGUGAAGACAGGUACAUUGUGGAAUCUAGCUACCAUUACCAUAUUAAUAGGAAGUCUGUAAAAAUUACUUAUAAAUGUAGACAUUGUGGUCUCAUAAAAAUAUUUUAUAAUCGCUGUAACUUGUUAAGCCAUAUUAGAUCCCAUGCUUUUAAAACAACAACAAUUAAUAUAGGUGAUUUGAAUGUAGAACCUUUACUUCCUUCAUCUGAACUUGUUCCAAAAAAUAUUCAAAAUCAACCACAAAAAACAAUAUUAAGAAAUUAUAUAUGUUAUGAAUGUAAAGCUGAUGAUACAAAGACUGGAAUCGCAUACAAAGAUAGAGUGGCACAUUAUAUGCAUUAUUCAAAUGCUAUAUUAUAUACAUGUCCCAUAUGUAUGUUUACUUUACCAACAACUUGUGCAUUAAAAGCUCACUUACGUCUCCAUUUAAAACAUCCGCCAUUCUUCUGUCCUGAAUGUGGCAUUACACUACAAAACAAAUGUGUAGAAUAUCCAUAUACACAUGAUUGUGAAGGUUUUAAAAUGAUGAGAGCAACUGCCCGAAUAAGUUGUUCAGCAAAGAACUGCCAUGUUUUUCAUCCAAAUGAAUAUAAUGAGCAUAUGACAUCCCUUCAUUUGAAGAAAAUGUACAAGUGUCCAGCAUGUGCUAUGUGUGCUUACAAUGAAGACGAGAUGCAGCAACAUUUGAAGGUUCACAAUUACGGACUCACAUCUGUUAUUUUGUAUGAAUGCACAGAAUGUAAUGGCAAAUUGCUGGUUGAUAGCCAAGUUGUGAAACAUUUAGCUUCUCAUGCUAACACUUUUGUGUAUCCAUGUUGGUGUUGUGGUAAAAUUUUCAAGAUGCCUUCUAAUUUGAUAAGUCAUCAUAUGUGCAACCACUUAAAAGAAAUAAAUAUAUCCCAUCAGUUACAAGAAAUAUAUAGAAACACAUACAAGAGUAUAUUGUCUAUUAGGACUCCUGUUUGUAAUAAGAAGAAAAGUUCUAUCAAUUCGAUAGUUUUACAAGAAAAGGAGGAUAAUAUAAAUCUUAUCAAAUGCCAUUUAUGCAAAAAAAUGAUGUCCCAAACAUGGGAAAACAUAAAGACCCAUUACAAAAGAUUUCAUAAAAGUUACAAAUGUGUUGAUAUCAAAGUUGUUCUUGAAAAACUUGAUGAAGAUUCUAUAAAGGAAAAUAGAAAAAAAUUGGAAAGCAAAAAUGAAAAGGUAAUUGAAGUUAAUGAAGAAAAUAAUGGUAAGGUUCAAAAACACAAAUCUGCUAAAUGUUCGAAAAAUAAUAGUAAUUAUUUAGCUUGCAAAAAAUGUGGUCACCAAAGUAAUGAUAAGGUAUCAUUAGAAAUGCAUUUGAGAGAGCACAAAGAUCCAUACAUGGCAUAUCAGUGUUUGGAGUGUGGACAAAGUUUUGCAGUAAAACCAUCAUUUUCAACUCAUCUUUUACUGGAACAUGAUAUAUCAGAUGUUAUGGAUUACAUUAGUAAAAAACAAUGCUACAAUGAAAAUGCACUUGUUGCAAAACAUUGUAGAUCCGAUGAUAAUGAUGAGACUGAGCCAUUGAAAGAGCAUCAAUGUAAAAUUUGUAGAGAACAGUUUGAUAAUGCAGAUAAUUUAGAAAAACAUUUUAGAGUUCAUGGAAUGGCUUUUCUAAUGAAGAAUACAAAUAAAAAUCAUACUUAAAUACUCAUCGCAAACAAACCUAUAUGAGAACCUUCAGUGGUCCUUGUACACAAACAUUCUGAAAGUGUAGGUCUUAGUAGGGGAAAAAAUAAAAAAUUCGGACAUAAAACAGAGAUA